AAAAAUAGUUUGUACUGUAUCAAAACCAUUUUCUUUUUCAUAAUGUUUAAAUAAAUCAAAUUAAAAUGAUUACUCUAAUAAUUAAAGAUAGUCAAAGUAAGAAAAGUUAUUCCUAAUUUUGAGAAAAUUCCAUACGUGUGCUAGUGUCAAAAAUUCAAGGCGUACCUGAACGCCGCAUGACUGCAGAACACACACGUGUUGAUGUGGUUCCGCCUUCUUCCUUUCCAAGCAUUAACUUGUGAGAGAAAGCAGGAAAAAAGAUUAUUUUAGACCAAACACCUGAAAACUUUUGGAGCACAUGCGAGCGUAUGUUUGAGUUUUUAGCCAAAGUUUCCGUUGUUUUAUUUGAACUGUUGGAAGAGGAUUGGAGUUCAACACGUGGAUAAAAAUCGAGUCAUUGGUCUUCGGAAAACUGAAGUUCACAAGGAGUUCGUGAAGCCAGCAGAACAUGGAACACCUUCCUGAUAAAAACUCACAAUACAACGAUGUUGUCUAUUGGGAUGAGAGAUACAAGACGGAGCAGAGCUACGACUGGUUGGGAAGCUUUUCCAAACUCCAGCACCUUCUGGAAAAAGUCAUCAAGAAGGACGAUUCUAUUCUGAUGCUGGGUUGUGGAAACAGCAGCUUAAGUGGCGAUAUGUACGAUGCUGGCUACCACAACAUCACCAACAUCGAUUACUCAUCGGUAUGCAUCGAGACCAUGAGCGCCAGGUACAGCCGCUGUACUUCCAUGACCUGGCAGACAAUGGAUGUGCGCGAGCUCUCCUUCUGUGAUGCGUCCUUUGAUGUCAUCAUAGAAAAGGCCACUUUGGACGCCAUCAUGGUGGAUGAGAAGACGCCUUGGGAGGUGUCAGAGGAGACUGCAAAUUUCAUCCACCAGGCUCUCACAGAGAUUAGUCGGUGCCUAAAACCCAAAGGCCGCUUCAUCUCCAUCACCUUCGCCCAGCCCUUCUUCAGGAAGCGUCUCUACGCUCGCAGCCAGUACGGCUGGUCAAUCCAACACUCCAGCUACGGAGACGGCUUUGAAUAUUUCUUCUAUGUGAUGACCAAAGGGGAGAGCUUGAAGCCAGAAGAUGCAGCUUUGGAAAAAAGUUUUACGGAGGAUUCCACCGCCACACAGAGCGUCACCGCCACAGAAAAUGAAGGCAAGGAAGACUUCCUGUCGAACAUUGACUUAUAAGGAGACGAUUGUGAGUGAAACUGCUCGGGAAUGUAGUUCAUUCAGCAAACGGUGACAAAACUGUGCAAAGAAGAACUUUUUUGUGCUAAUAGAAUUUUACAUUUUAGAUCUUAAGAUUUAAUGUGGAUCUGAGGAAAAAAAAGCCAAAAAAAUGUCAAAAACCUGAGUUUUUUAAAGUAAUAGUUAGAUUUGUAAAACUUGUGUCAUCAGUUUUUAGGAAGUUCAAAUUUUUUUUGUUUUGUUUUUUUUUAGCCGAAAACUAAUAUUUGAGGCAUCAAUAUUUUAAAUUGUACUGAUUGGACUUUAUAAUGAUCACGUUAUACAAAAACAUUCUUAAUUUUUGGGAUUCGUUUUUUUAAGGUGGUCUUAUAUAUCUGAAAAUAUCUAUUAUAUAUUGUAAAGAUAUAUGGAUAUAUAUUUUUUAAAAUGAUCUGUUUUUGUAAAAUGUAAAAAACUAAAUAUGGAAUUUAGUGGAUUUGAUAAGACAAUAAAAGGAUUCCUUAAAGUCCCA